AUGCAAUUGUUGAAUCAACUUGAUGAACGCAUGCUAGCUGCGAUUCUCAUGCAGCCAUGGUCGCAAUGGCCUCAUGGGGGUAACAACCCCACACGUCAUGAUGAGCUUUGUUUGCACCUGGCACGACUCCGAUGUGAGCGCAACACGGAGGAGAUCACUGUGCGUGGAGAAUGCGAGGCACUGUUGGCCGAUGCCGUGCAGCUUAGAGCGGACCGCAAAGAGCUAGAAGAGGAGGUUGUACGAUGGCAGCGAAGAGCAACGCUGGAAGCUGAUGUCGAAGAAAAAAGCAGUGCAAGGAGUGAGAAAAUCCAACGUGCUCUGGUGGCCGAGCUGCAGGAGGGUCAAAGCGAGCUCAAAGCAGCCUCUGUAUCUCUCCGUGGAGUCGCAGCGGAUUGGGUCAUCGAAGAUGAACCAGAAAAGCGGCUGGAAAGAGCAGAGGCCGAAUGUCGUCAUGCGAAGGACUUAGAGGCCGAAUAUGACGAGGCAGUCAAUGCUGCGAAACAGCUCGCGCAACGACUUCACACCAAGUUGGCAUCCUUCAAAAAUGAGGAGGUGCCAGAUGCAGUGCGAAGCAGUGCAGGGCAGCCAAGCAGUGGACAUGGGCUUCAGGACCUGGAGAGGCUUCGCCAGGAAGUCCGCCUUCUCACGGUUCAGGUGGAGAUUGCGGAGCAAGAAUGCGGGGAAGAGGCCAAGCUGCUGGUGCAGAGCAAGGCCACCGAGCUUCCACGGUUGCGCGCUGCGGAGCGAGAAAGGCAGCAACUUGUUGGCAGGCUGGGGCAGGCUCGCUACGACAGGGACAACUUGGAGAGGAGCUACACCAGGAUCGUGAAUGGACUUCGCGAACAUGAGGUACGCAUGGAGCACCAGGCCGAAGAGCUCAACACUGGGCUUCACACCUGUCGGCUUGAGGGCGAGGAGAUGGUCGCUACGAUGAAGGACAAUGACCGUAACAUCGCAGAAAUGCGAAAAGAACGCUGGGAGACAGAGGCGUUCAUUGAGCAUCUCAGCAACCAGGUUGCCCGACUAGAGGAUGAGCGCAACUCUCUCAAGUCCAGUCUUGGGGGCUCAGGCAGUGCUUUGAUGGGUAUAGACCAUGACGUGAAGGCAUCAGUCCUUGCUCUCGACUCUCGGGACCCGGACGUCAUCUCCAAGCGGGAGCUGGAGGUGCAAAAAGAAUUGCUACAAGAUGAGGCAGACACUGAGGCCAUCGCCCAAGAGAUUGAAGAGCAGGAGGAAGCAUUACUUAAGGCGCUCUGUCAGAGUGAUUACGACUUGGGAGCCAUUGGCGUGGGCAGGUUCAAGCUUGCAAGCCUUUGCUUUCCAGAUGAUGCCUGUGUGCCGAGCGCGCAGAGCUGCAGGAACGAGCAUCGGAUGCGGCAAGUUUUCGGGGACCUCACCAACACGGUGCAUGAGCCAAGGGAAUCGAAGGUGUUCAGCCACGAGUGCGCAUUUGGAGCUCACAGCCCAGAGCUGCUGAACAGUUGCAUGAAAAAGCUUCACGACAUCUGGGCAGCUGCCACUGAUGGAAAUCGGCUGUACGCUUGGCACGCCCUUCCAAAGGCCCCAGUCUUUCAGGGCUUGGCUGAAGACCUGGACGUCAACUCGGACAACGAGGAAGACUUGUGCAAGAGCAGUCGUAGGCACCUUGUGGAAACCAAGAAGGGUGCUCCAAGAAGUACCAUUGCAUUGACUCCCGGAAACUCACCAGACUCGAGCAGGUCUCCACGCAACAGUGAGGAUUUCUGCUUGGAGGGAGCUACGCCAACCAGGCUGACAUCUAUUUUGCAAGAGAAGGAUCGGGACGACUGUUGUGACCUGCAGGAUUCGAGCCAAUGGCUCGAGGCAGUCCACUUGACAACAGAGAGGCCUUGGCCACUUGCCGGAGCCAUCCUGUCAAAGAUGGUAGCAGCAGAGCGUGUGCUGGCGGUAAACUGGCUUCUUCAAGCAUGCGAAGCGAUGAACUUCUCGAAGGCAGUUGCCUUUUCAGCCGUCUCCUUGUUGGACCGGUACGCGGAGACGCUCCUCACUAUGACGACCAUGCAGGAAAUGCAGGCGGUGUCCUCGCCAAUGCUGGGCAACAAACCUCAGAGAUGUACGGUCUUGCUGCUGACGGUGAUCUGCAUUGCGCUGAAAGUGGACGGACUCAGCGAGGUGCGUGUUCCUCUCCGUCAGCUGCUGGCGCACUUGGGUCAAUACAGGGUGCCUGUCGACUUGGUGCUGAAGAAGGAGCGUGAGGUUCUAGAGUCUUUGCACUUUCAAGUUUCGGCUCCGACCGUGAUUGAUAUGCUGGGCUUGCUGACCGCCAUGGCACAAGGCACUGAGGAUGCAUGCGGCUGCAGUUUCUGCAGUUCCGAUCCGGAGGUUGAACAGCUAGCAGAAGAGCUCUUGCAGCUGGCGCUGUAUGAGGUUGAUUUCUUGUACCAGUUCUCACCGCCGUUUCUGGCAGCAAGUGCUGCGUACUUGGCAUGUUUGCAGGCUGAUGUCCGACCCUGUCGUGCGCAACAACGCAAGCUGCUACGAAGUCUCCGAGUUGGUCGGAGAUUUGAAGGUGCCACAGCACCGUUCAAGCAUCGCCAUCACCAUUGCAUAUAGUUGGUUGAGGUGGGGAUUGCUGAAGGGGAGGUCAGCGCGAUGAAUUAGCCUAGACCCGGGGGCGGGGCAUUGCUUAGGGGGAGAUUAGCUCCAUCAAUAGACCCGGGGAUGGAUAC